CCGGACCUUCCACUUUUGAAUGAGCCAGGAAAACUCGCAACACACGCCCUCUUUUCUCUCACUCUCUCUCUCUCCGCUGUCCUCCCUGCCUGUCUUUCCUCUCUUCGCUUGCCUCCGAAAUCCCAGCUGAAAGGAAGAAGGAAUCAGAAAAGGGAAACAAAAGAAAAUAGAAGCAGCAGCAGCAGACCGUUUUUGUGGAUUAAUUUUCUCCACCCUCGCUGAUCCGUUUUCUGGAUACUGUUUUCACCCGCUUCGGGGCGAAGCGCCGCGCCUCUGGAUUUUGGGAAGGAAAGUUGGAGAGCCCAGGAAGAAACCCCCCGCCCCCAAUUUAAAACAAACAAGGUGGGUUUCGAGCCCUUUCUUCCUCCUCUUCGGUCUGCUCAAUUUCACCCCCCGCUAGUCGAUCCCAACUCGCCGCGAGCAACUUUUUGCGCCGCUUGGAUUUUGGUCUCUCCUCGUCCCUUUCGCUCCUUCGCUCCCCUUUCUCGGAGCUGCUCUCUUUGAACGGACAGACCCACUUCCUUCCUUCCCGAAACAAAAUAACAAUAAUUCAGGAUGAAUAGCAACAGUUACUACGACCAGGCCCCCCAAACUUAUUACCAAGAGGAGCAGGAGGAGAUGCCGGCCACCGAGAAAGACCUGGCCGAGGACGCGCCCUGGAAGAAGAUUCAGCAGAACACUUUUACGCGCUGGUGCAACGAGCACCUCAAAUGCAUGAACAAGCGCAUCGGCGACUUGCAGAAGGACCUGAGCGACGGCUUGAAGCUCAUCGGUCUCCUCGAGGUCCUGAGCCAGAAGAAGAUGUACCGAAAGUACCACGCGCGCCCCAACUUCAGGCAGAUGAAACUGGAGAACGUCUCGGUGGCGCUGGAGUUCCUCGACCGGGAACACAUCAAGCUGGUCUCCAUCGACAGCAAGGCCAUCGUGGACGGGAACCUCAAGCUGAUUUUGGGCUUGAUAUGGACCCUGAUCCUGCACUAUUCCAUCUCUAUGCCCAUGUGGGAAGACGAGGACGAGGAGGAUGCCAAGAAGCAGACCCCCAAACAGCGGCUCCUGGGCUGGAUCCAGAACAAGGUCCCUCAACUGCCAAUCACCAACUUCAACCGCGACUGGCAGGACGGCAAGGCGCUGGGAGCCCUGGUGGACAACUGUGCUCCCGGCCUGUGCCCGGACUGGGAGACCUGGGAUCCUAACCAGCCCGUGGAAAACGCCCGGGAGGCUAUGCAGCAGGCAGACGACUGGCUGGGAGUGCCCCAGGUGAUCGCCCCUGAAGAGAUUGUGGACCCCAAUGUGGAUGAGCACUCGGUCAUGACCUACCUGUCUCAGUUCCCCAAAGCCAAACUGAAGCCGGGGGCUCCCCUGCGUUCUAAACAGCUGAACCCCAAGAAAGCCAAGGCUUACGGCCCAGGAAUCGAGCCCCACGGCAACACGGUGCUGAAACCAGCCCAUUUCACAGUGGAAACCAUUGAGGCAGGAUUGGGAGAGGUGCUGGUCUACAUCGAAGACCCCGAAGGCCACACAGAGGAGGCCAAAGUGGUCGCCAACAAUGACAAGAACCGGACGUAUUCUGUCUCCUACGUGCCGAAAGUGGCUGGCUUGCAUAAGGUCACGGUUCUCUUCGCCGGGCAGAAUAUCGACAAGAGCCCCUUUGAAGUCAAUGUGGGCAUGGCCCUGGGCGAUGCCAACAAGGUCUCGGCCCGCGGGCCAGGCCUGGAGCCCGUGGGCAACGUGGCUCAUAAGCCUACCUACUUUGACAUCUACACGGCAGGUGCGGGGACUGGAGACGUGGGCGUGGUGAUCGUGGAUCCCCAGGGCCGCCGCGACACCGUGGAGGUGGUACUGGAGGACAAGGGCGACAGUAUUUUCCGCUGCACUUAUCAUCCCGUCCUGGAGGGUCCGCACACCCUCUACGUCACCUUUGCGGGGGCUCAGAUCCCCAAAAGCCCUUUCACCGUCAACAUCUCAGAAGCGCCGUUCCCCUUGCCUCCGCCCAGCGUCUCCCCCCUCCAGAUCAUCCCUCAGUCCGUCCGCACCCCGCCCGCCGACAAGGCCAAGAAAAUCCCACCCCGCACCAUGCCCAAGCCACGCAAACCAACGUGCAGCCCCAACGCCUGCCGGGCUAUGGGUCGCGGGCUCCAGCCCAAGGGAGUGCGAGUGAAGGAAGUGGCUGAUUUCAAGGUGUACACUAAAGGCGCUGGAACCGGGGAGCUGAAAGUCGUGGUCAAGGGACCAAAAGGCACUGAGGAGCCAGUGAAGGUUCGGGACGUUGGCGACGGGGUGUACGAAUGCGACUACUACCCGACUGUCCCCGGGAAAUACGUGGUGUCCAUCACAUGGGGCGGCUAUGCCAUCCCGAGGAGUCCCUUUGAGGUGCUGGUGGGCCCAGAGGCCGGAGUGCAGAAGGUCAGGGCCUGGGGCCCUGGCUUGGAGACUGGCGUGGUGGGCAAGUCGGCAGAUUUCGUUGUCGAGGCAAUUGGCACAGAAGUGGGCACCCUUGGCUUCUCCAUUGAGGGUCCCUCUCAGGCCAAGAUCGAAUGUGACGACAAGGGCGAUGGCUCUUGCGAUGUCCGCUACUGGCCGACCGAGCCGGGCGAGUACGCUGUGCACGUGAUCUGCGACGACGAGGACAUCAAGGACAGCCCCUUCAUUGCUCACAUCCUGCCCGCCACCAACGAGUACUUUCCGGAGAAGGUAAAAGCUUUCGGUCCAGGGCUGGAGCCGGUCGGCUGCAUUGUGAACAAGCCGGCAGAGUUCACCAUCGACGCCAGAGGGGCAGGGAAAGCAGAACUCAAGAUCUACGCCCAGGAUGCAGAAGGCGUCCCCAUUGACAUCAAAAUCAAGGACAACGGCGACGGCACUUUCUCCUGCGUCUACGUCCCCACCAAGGCCAUCAAGCACACCAUCAUCAUCAGCUGGGGAGGAGUCAACGUUCCCAAGAGCCCCUUCCGGGUGGCCGUCGGCGAAGGCAGCCACCCCGACAAAGUCAAGGUCUACGGCCCCGGCGUGGAGAAGACGGGUCUGAAGGCCAACGAGCCCACAUACUUCACGGUGGACUGCAGCGAGGCAGGGCAAGGGGACGUGAGCAUCGGUAUAAAAUGCGCUCCUGGCGUUGUGGGGCCAGUGGAGGCCGACAUUGACUUUGACAUCAUCAAGAAUGACAACGACACCUUCACCGUCAAAUACACCCCACCCGGUCCUGGGCGCUACACCAUCAUGGUCCUCUUUGCCAACCAGGAGAUCCCCAUCAGCCCGUUCCACAUCAAGGUAGACCCGUCGCACGAUGCCACCAAGGUGAAGGCAGAAGGGCCUGGACUCAGCCGGACAGGUGUGGAGGUCGGAAAACCCACCCACUUCACGGUCUUCACCAAGGGGGCUGGCAAAGCCAAGCUGGACGUCCACUUUGCCGGCGCCACCAAGGGAGAGGUUGUGCGGGACUUUGAGAUCAUCGACAACCACGACUACUCUUACACCGUCAAGUACACGGCCGUGCAACAGGGCAACAUGGCGGUGACCGUGACGUACGGCGGGGACCCCAUUCCCAAGAGCCCCUUCCCGGUGAACGUGGCGCCGCCCCUCGACCUCAGCAAGGUCAAAGUGCAAGGGCUCAACAACAAGGUGGACGUGGGUCGCGACCAGGAAUUUGCCAUCAACACGAAGGGAGCCGGAGGCCAAGGGCAGGUGGACGUGAAGAUCAGCUCGCCCUCCCGCCGCCCCAUCCCUUGCAAGGUGGAGACGGGCAGCGCCAACGACAUCCACACCGUGAAAUACAUGCCGCCCGAAGAGGGGCCCUACAAAGUGGACAUCACCUACGACGGGCACCCGGUGCCGGGCAGCCCUUUUGCUGUCGAGGCCGUCAUGCCCCCAGACCCAUCCAAGGUGUGCGCCUACGGCCCUGGGCUGAAGGGCGGCUUUGUGGGGAAGCCAGCCCCCUUCACCAUCGACACCAAGGGGGCUGGCAUGGGGGGCCUGGGCUUGACGGUGGAGGGUCCUUGCGAGGCCAAGAUCGAGUGCCAGGACAACGGCGACGGCUCCUGCUCCGUCUCCUACCUGCCCACCGAGCCCGGCGAGUACGCCAUCAACAUCCUCUUUGCGGACGCCCACAUCCCCGGCUCGCCCUUCAAGGCGGACAUCAAGCCCGUCUUCGACCCGUCCAAGGUGACGGCCAGCGGGCCAGGCCUGGAGCAUGGCAAGGUGGGCGAGGUGGCGACCUUCAUGGUGGACUGCUCCAAGGCGGGCGAGGCCGAGCUCACCAUCGAGAUCAUCUCGGACUCGGGCGUCAAGGCCGAGGUGCUAAUCCAAAACAACAGCGACGGCACCUACAGCAUCACCUACAUCCCCUCCUUCCCGGGCAGCUACACCAUCACCAUCAAAUAUGGCGGCCACCCCGUCCCCAAGUUCCCGGCGCGCGUCAACGUCGACCCCGCGGUGGACACCAGCAACGUCAAGGUCUUCGGGCCGGGAGUGGAGCCGAGAGGUGUUCUGCGUGAGGUCACCACCGACUUCACGGUCGACGCCCGUUCGCUGACCAAGACCGGGGGCAGCCACACCAAGGUGCGCGUCAUCAACCCCUCUGGUGCCAAGACGGACACUUACGUCACCGACAACGCGGAUGGCACUUACCGUGUCCAGUAUACCCCCUACGAGGACGGUGUGCACCUGGUGGAAGUCACCUACGAUGACGUCCCCGUCCCCAAGAGCCCCUUCCGAGUGGGGGUCACCGAGGGCUGCGACCCCAGCCGUGUCCGAGCCUACGGCCCCGGGCUCGAGGGGGGGCUGGUGAACAAAGCCAACCGCUUCACGGUGGAGACCAGGGGCGCGGGGACCGGGGGCCUGGGCUUGGCCAUCGAGGGGCCAUCGGAGGCCAAGAUGUCCUGCAAGGACAACAAAGAUGGCAGCUGCAGCGUGGAAUACAUCCCCUUCACGCCGGGAGAUUACGACGUCAACAUCACCUUCGGGGGGCGCCCCAUCCCUGGGAGCCCCUUCCGCGUCCCGGUCAAGGACGUGGUCGACCCCAGCAAGGUCAAGUGCUCGGGCCCCGGCCUGGGGGCUGGCGUGAGAGCCCGCGUCCCCCAAACCUUCACCGUCGACUGCAGCAAGGCUGGGCUGGCCCCCCUGGAGGUGAAGGUCCUGGGACCCACAGGGGUCGCUGAGCCCGCCGAGGUGCGCGACAACGGGGAUGGCACCCACACGGUGAACUACACUCCGGCCACGGACGGGCCCUACACGGUCGCUGUUAAGUACGCCGGGGAAGAGGUGCCCCGCAGCCCGUUCAAGAUCAAGGUGCUUCCGGCGCAUGACGCUAGCAAGGUGCGCGCCAGCGGCCCCGGGCUCAACGCUUCUGGCAUCCCCGCCAGCUUGCCGGUGGAGUUCACCAUCGACGCCCGAGAUGCUGGCGAGGGGCUGCUCACCGUGCAGAUCUUGGACCCUGAGGGCAAGCCUAAGAAAGCCAACAUCCGGGACAAUGGCGACGGCACCUACACUGUCUCCUACGUCCCGGACAUGACGGGCCGCUACACCAUCACCAUCAAAUACGGCGGCGACGAGAUCCCCUACUCGCCCUUCCGCAUCCACGCUCUGCCCGCGGGCGAUGCCAGCAAGUGCCUGGUCACAGUGUCCAUAGGAGGCCACGGAUUGGGUACCUGCCUGGGCCCCACCAUCCAGAUCGGGGAGGAGACGGUAAUCACUGUGGACGCCAAGGCAGCAGGGAAAGGCAAGGUCACCUGCAAGGUGUCCACGCCGGACGGAGCUGAGCUGGACGUCGACGUGGUGGAGAACCAUGAUGGCACGUUCGACAUCUACUACACGGCCCCCGAGCCCGGCAAAUACGUCAUCACCAUCCGCUUCGGGGGAGAGCAGAUCCCCAACAGCCCCUUCCAUGUGGUGGCCUGCGACUCCAUCCCCCACGUCGAGGAGCCCUGCGACAGCGUCCAGCUCCGCCAGCCCUUCUCGGCCCCCCACGCCGGCGGCUACCCCCCGCACUGGGCUACGGACGAGCCCGUCGCCCCGCCAGAGACCAUGGACUCCAUGCUGCGCCCCUUCAACCUGGUCAUCCCCUUCACCGUCCAGAAGGGGGACAUCACAGGCGAGGUGCGGAUGCCUUCUGGCAAGACGGCACGGCCGCACAUCACCGACAACAAGGAUGGCACCGUGACGGUGAAGUACGCCCCCGUGGAGAAGGGUCUGCACGAGAUGGACAUCAAGUAUGAUGGAAACCACAUCCCAGGGAGCCCUCUCCAGUUCUACGUGGAUGCCAUCAACGCCCGCCAUGUCAGCGCUUACGGGCCUGGGCUGAGCCACGGCAUGGUUAACAAGCCGGCGACCUUCACCAUCGUCACCAAGGAUGCCGGAGAAGGAGGCCUGUCGCUGGCUGUGGAGGGUCCCUCUAAGGCCGAAAUCACCUGCAAGGACAACAAAGAUGGCACCUGCACCGUCUCCUACUUGCCGACGGCCCCCGGGGAUUACAACAUCAUCGUGCGCUUCGACGACAAGCACAUCCCCGGCAGCCCCUUCACCGCCAAGAUCACCGGCGACGACUCCAUGCGCACCUCCCAGCUGAACGUGGGAACCUCCACUGACGUCUCUCUGAAGAUCACCGAGAGCGACCUGAGCCUGCUCACUGCCAGCAUUCGUGCGCCGUCCGGCAACGAAGAACCCUGCUUGCUCAAGCGCCUGCCGAACCGGCACAUUGGCAUCUCCUUCACCCCCAAGGAGGUCGGAGAACACGUGGUCAGCGUGAAGAAGAGCGGAAAACACGUCACCAACAGCCCCUUCAAGAUCAUGGUGGGGCAGUCAGAGAUCGGAGACGCCAGCAAGGUUAAAGUCUCAGGAAAAGGGCUGGUGGAAGGGCGGACCUUCGAGGUGUCCGAAUUCAUUGUGGACACACGCACCGCAGGUUAUGGCGGCCUCGGCCUGUCCAUCGAGGGUCCCAGCAAAGUGGACAUCAACUGCGAGGACAUGGAGGACGGCACCUGCAAAGUCACCUACUGCCCCACGGAGCCCGGGAACUACAUCAUCAACAUCAAGUUUGCCGACAAGCACGUGCCAGGAAGCCCUUUCACCGUGAAGAUGUCGGGCGAGGGGCGCAUGAAGGAGAGCAUCACCCGCCGGCGCCAGGCGCCAUCCAUUGCUACCAUCGGCAGCACGUGCGAUCUGAACCUCAAAAUCCCAGGUGAGGCGGGCUUGCAGGCCAUGACUGCUCAGGUGACCAGCCCGUCGGGGAAGAUGGCGGAGGCGGAGAUCAUCGAGGGGGACGACAGCGCCUACUCGGUGCGCUUCGUGCCGCAGGAGAUGGGCCCCCACACCGUCAACGUCAAGUACCGAGGGCAGCACGUCCCCGGGAGCCCCUUCCAGUUCACUGUGGGGCCUCUGGGGGAAGGCGGCUCCCACAAGGUGCGAGCGGGAGGCACCGGUCUGGAGAGAGGCGUGGCCGGAGUCCCAGCCGAGUUCAGCAUCUGGACGCGGGAGGCAGGGGCCGGGGGUCUCUCCAUCGCUGUGGAGGGUCCCAGCAAGGCGGAGAUUGCCUUUGAGGACCGCAAAGACGGCUCUUGUGGAGUUUCCUACAUCGUCCAGGAACCAGGUGACUAUGAGGUGUCCAUCAAAUUCAACGACGAGCACAUCCCUGACAGCCCCUUCGUGGUUCCCGUGGCCUCGCUCUCGGACGACGCACACCGCUUGACGGUCACCAGCCUCCAGGAGACGGGCUUAAAGGUGAACCAGCCGGCUUCCUUCGCGGUGCAGCUGAAUGGAGCUCGCGGCGUGAUCGACGCCAAAGUCCACACGCCCGCCGGUGUGGUCGAGGAGUGCUACGUCUCAGAACUGGACAGUGACAAGUACGCCAUUCGCUUCAUCCCCCACGAGAAUGGCGUCCACUCCAUCGACGUCCGGUUCAACGGGAGACACAUCCCCGGCAGCCCCUUCAAGAUCCGCGUUGGGGAACAGAGUCAGGCUGGUGACCCAGGACUCGUCACAGCCUAUGGGCCAGGCCUGGAGGGCGGAACCACAGGUGUCUCUUCCGAGUUCUUCGUGAAGACGCGGAACACGGGGUCGGGGGCCCUCUCGGUCACCAUCGACGGCCCCUCCAAAGUGCAGAUGGACUGCCAGGAGUACCCCGAGGGCCACAAGGUCACCUACAUGCCCAUGGCGCCCGGAAACUACCUCAUCUCCAUCAAGUACGGUGGACCCCAGCACAUCGUGGGCAGCCCCUUCAAGGCCAAGGUCACAGGACCCCGCCUGUCAGGCGGGCACAGCCUCCACGAAACCUCGACGGUGCUGGUGGAGACGGUGACCAGGGCCUCCUCGUCAUCUUCUUCAUCCUCAGUGGGCGGCAGCUACAGCGCCCUGCCCAAGUUCUCCUCCGACGCCAGCAAGGUGGUCGCCCGGGGGCCUGGGCUGACCAAAGCCUUUGUCGGACAGAAGAACACUUUCACCGUCGACUGCAGCAAGGCUGGCACCAACAUGCUGAUGGUGGGGGUCCACGGCCCCAAGACCCCCUGCGACGAGGUCUACGUCAAGCACAUGGGCAACCGUGUCUACAACGUCACGUACACCGUCAAGGAGAAGGGCGACUACAUCCUCAUCGUCAAGUGGGGCGACGAGAGCGUUCCCGGAAGCCCCUACCAAGUCAACGUCCCUUAGGAGGAGGAGGGGGCUGGCACCUAUCCCCCCUCGUCCGGGCCCUGCCCUGCACCCCCCCACGCCAAAGACUGCCACCCUCCCAAACCCCUCCCCACAUUGCCCCAGGGCGGGGCCGGCGCCACGAGGAGCCUCGGGACAAUUCAUUUUGCCUUUUUUUUUUUUGCCUUUUUAACUAUUUCUCCCGGCUGUGAAGGUGUUUGUGGGGGGGGGGACGGGGGGAAGGGCAAGGGGUGUGCACCGUUGUAGCUGGGAAAGGGUGGGGUUCACAAUGGGGAAGGGGUAAAGGGGGGGAGGAAACCGGAAGUCGCAGAGGAGGAAGUGUCAGAAGUUGGUGUUCACCGGGUAGGGGGCGUGUGACGGAGCGCCCCCCGAUGGUGGACCCACGAGGUUCUGCCCAAAAAAGUGGGUUGCGAGAGGGGUGAGGAAGGCAGAGCUUGGCAGGUUAUGGGCCCAGAUUUUUCACACCGCAGGCACCGGGGCAUCCGUCUCCUGGCGCCGCUGAACGAGUUUCGCUUUUUCGGAGAUGUGGAGAGGCAGCCCAGUGAAGGAAGCAGGGGGAGCAGAAUGCAGGGUUGUUUAGAAGACUUCUGCUGGGACCAGGUGGACCGGGGUCAUCCGUGACCCCCCCAAACUAUAGGAGCAGCUGCCCUGUCAAGUGGCGAUGGCUUGUGGGGCAGGUGAGGGUUGAAAGGAAGGAUACCGUUUUAAGCGAGAGCGAAGGCUGGGUGGGGUAGAGUCUCCCAGAAAGGUCCGCCAUGCGACCCCCCUGCUCGUUGGACAGGGGAUUAUGCAACAGACCUUCUCAGCUGACCGAGGCCAAAGUUUUGGGGGUUUCCCCCCCACCCCAGAGUAGACCCGUUGAGGGUUUUCCAUGCCUUCUCCUCCCACCCCAUCCGCAAACUGGUUUGCUGUCGCUGGGAAUGGGGGCAGCCCAAGCCGGAGAGAGAGAAAGAGAGAGGAAAGCCUUUUUAUAUAGAAGACGAUGAAGAAAGGGGGCGGGAAAGAAAAAUAAUGAUAAUAAAGAAAUAUUGGGGAAACAGGAUAAGAAUCCUGGCCCACACGGGCGGGACUGUUUGUAACUGACAGCCCCUCGAGGGAGGGGCUUUUUUAUAGCAAUGUGUUUGUGGUUGCAUGUUUCCUAUGGUGGGCAGUGGGAGAUCCAGAGCCC